AUGACCAUGAGUGGUAGCAAGUUGAGUGAGGCAAGGGAGGUUACCCAUGAGCUAGGUGUCGGCGAGGCAGCGGGUGUCAACGACGCAGUAGAUGUUGAUGAGGCAAGGGGCGUCAGCAACACAGCAGGCAUCGGCGAGGCAGGGGCCACCACGGGCAUUGUGGAGGCUAGAGCCCAAGAUGGCGUUGACAAGGCGGUGCGGGCUUUGGUAAGGUGCCUUGGGACGGCGAGCACACCGCGACAGGUGUCAUUCGGGGAGGAGCAGAUGCGCUAG